UCCCCACAUCCCAGCGGAGGCGAGUCGGGGCGGGACGCGCUGUACCAGCUCUCCGCCGACCCCCGGCCCCCGCCCCGCCCCGCCCAUGGCCGCGCCGGGACCCCGCGCCUUACGGGUCGCGCUCUGUGGCGGCUGCUGCUGCCUUCUCCUGUGUGCCCAGCUCGCUGUGGCUGGUAACGCGGACCAGGGUAAAGGAGCUCGAGGCUUCGGGCGGGGAGCCCUGCUCCGCAUGAACAUCUGGCCGGCUGUCCGAGGGGCCUGCAAGCAACUCAAGCUCUGUGAGCGCUGUGUGGGGGGGCACAGAGCACACAGCCUCUCCAGCUGCGUGUGGGAGCAGUGUCGGCCAGAGGAGCCAGGACACUGUGUGGCCCAAGCUGAGGUGGUCAAGGAGGGUUGCUCUGUCUACAACCGCUCAGAGUCGUGCCCAGCUGCCCACCACUACCCUACCUAUGAACCAAAGACAGUCACAACAGGGAGCCCCCCAGUUCCCGAAGCCCACAGCCCUGGCUUUGAUGGGGCCAGCUUCAUUGGGGGCGUCGUGCUGGUGCUGAGCCUGCAGGCAGCGGCCUUCUUCGUCUUACGCUUCCUCAAGGCCAAGGACAGCACCUACCAGACACUGAAGGGGAGCUGCCCUGAGGCCCCUGUGUGCCGUGUGUGCGGUGGGGCAGGUCGCUGCAGCCUCCAUUAAAGUGUGUGCUUCUGGCGACUGCCUGCUGUCUGGGGGUGGGGGUCCUCAGCCCAGCUGAGGCAGGGGCACUGCCCUGAGUGCCCUCUCUGUCUGGCCUCUGCAGCAUCUGACCCCUUCCGGCCUGGAUUCCACAGGGGAAGGAGGACGAAGAGGCUGCCCUCUUGGCCCCCUUGUAGGCACUGGGGGUGGGAAAAACUUUGGCCCUCAAUGUCUGGCCCCUGCGGGCUACGAAGCAGGCUCAGGGCCUCCCGUCCGGGGCCUGGUACCUGCAGCAGAGCGUUUCAACCACCUCCUGUCUUAUCCAUCAUGCCUGCGGGCCCCUGCCUGGCACGGGGUCUGCGCCUGCCUCUUCCCACCCACCCGGCCUGGCGCUGCCCCCAAAUAAAAGAGCUCUUUCCAGCACUGUGCUUCAUGUCCUGUG